AUGGUAGUUUGUCACGUGCGCACUGAGAGAAUCUGGCUUUACGACACCGCCAUAAAGAGUGUGCCGAGGAAGACACUUUCGCUACUAAUAACACUUCGGGUUUCUGCAGUAAAGAUGGCAGCCUCUUUGCUCAGGGUAGGACGGCUCGGAUCUCUCAGGUGUCUCCAGACGGAGGGCUUGAGCUCUAUCAGAAGAGCUCCUGCUGUCGCUUUCAGCUCCAGAUCUGGGGACAGCAAGAAGUCCAAAAAGUCCAACAAAGAAAAAGCAGCACCAAAAACUUACUUCGAUAUAGAAAAACUUGUCCAGCACAGAUCAUAUGUGGAAUUCCCCAAGAAGGAGGUUGCAGCUUCGGUUACUGCUGCCUCUACAGAAGCUGCAUCUGUUGCUGCCCCUGCACCUAAACCAGUUGUAACUGCCACCGCGCCUGCAGCCGAAGCCGCUGCUCCCAGAGCUGAAGCCAUUGCCCCCGCAUUUGAAGCCAUUCCUGUAGUUGAAGCCGCUGCCCCUGUAGUUGAAGCCACUCCUGUAGCUGAAGCCACUGCCCCUGAAGUUGAAGCCACACCUGCAGCUGAAGCCAUUGAGCUUACACCUGAGGCCACAGUUUGCCCUCCAGAAACUAUUGCUGAAACUGCAUCCCCUGCAGUUGAAGCUGCAGCUCCUGAAGCCCCUGCUGCACCGGCCUCUGAAGAUGCACCUACAGAAGACGCCCCUGUCCAGGAAGCAGUUGCUGAGGUUGUAGAAGCUGUCAGUGAAGUAGUUGCAGAAGUUGUGGCGGAAGCUUCCCCAGUUGUAGAGGCUGUUGCUGAGGUAGUUGGAGAAUCUGGCCCUAUUGAGGCGGUUGCAGAGGCAGCUCCUGCUGAAGAGCUGAUAGAUCCUGCCCCUGUGAUCUCAGAUGCUACUGAAGUUCCAGCAGAAGUUGUGGAGACGCCUGAGGGUACUCACCAUCCCCUAUAACCCCCUUUCAUAUAUUGGGAUGCAGCAAAAUUUUGAAAGC